AUGCUGGAAGCAUUUGCAUUGAGGUUGGCUGCCAUGCUUUUCCACAUAGUCAGGCAAGAAACUGAUAUACUCUUGGGUGUGCCUGGAGAGAUCGGCAAGCUUCAGAGGAUAUUCAGUGAUCUCAGCAGCAUAUUGGUCGAUGCUGAGAGGAACCACAUCUUCAACGGCAAUGCUACUUUGGGAAAUUGGGUGAGUGAGCUCCGAGACGCCAUGUAUGACAUGGACAACGUAAUUGACAAGUGGCAGAUCCUGCAUGCUGUGGAGGAAAUGUUCGACAUGAGGAUAUGGCUUAGUGUUAACCAGGAUGUGGAUGAAACUGAUGUUCUUCAGAGGGUUUUAGCUGCUCUUGAUGGUAAGUCUGAGAACAGGGGUUCUGUUGGAGACAAGGACCAACUUGAAUGUGCGGUGAAACGUGCAGCGAGACACAAGAAGUUUUUGCUGGUGAUGGAUGAUGUGUGGAGCGAUAGCAUCUGGAAUGAACUUCUUAGGGUCCCACUUAAUGAUGGUGCUCCAGGUAGCCAGGUGUUGGUGACUACGAGAAAUCAUGGAGUUGCAUGUAGGAUGAAAACACGAUUCUUCCACCAUGUUGACAAGCUAAAUCCUGAAGACUGUUGCUCCUUGCUUAAGAAGGUAAUUUUCAACGAUGAGGAUAAAUCCGAGAUUGUUGGGUUAGAGGAUAUCGGUAUGGAUAUUGUGAAAAGAUGUGAUGGAUUGCCACUUGCAGUUAAGAUGUGGAUUGCAGAAGGUUUUGUAAGAGAUGACACUGGUUCUCAGCUACCGGAAGAUUUAGGAAUAGAGUACUAUAAAGAGUUGAUCUCAAGGAACCUUUUAGAAUAUGAUACUCAAAUCAAGGAUCAGUCAGGAUGGAUCAUGCAUGAUGUUGUUCGCUCCUUUGCACAGUAUGUAAUAAGAGAUGAAGGGUUGCUGGACAAUAUAGGUGAACGGUGUAGCUUGGGAGAAUUGGGAUCUCUGUCAAAUCUCAAGUUGCUGACCAUAGAGGGUUUGGAGAAGGCAUUUCCUGGUUCUAUGGUGGCUGAAGCUAAGCUAAGCAGUAAAUCCCACCUCACACAGUUGGGGCUUAAAUGUGGCAGUAUGCUCAAAGACAAGAAUGAAGUAGAAGACUGCAAAGAGUAUCAUACUACACAAAUCGAAGAAGUGUUGGAUGAUCUACGCCCUCCACCUUGCAUACAAGACAUUGUUCUUACUGGCUACCUUGGACAUCAGGUGCCUAAGUGGAUGGCAAGGAUGGCAGCAUUCCAGAACUUAAGGCUGCUGGUGAUACAGGAUUACCCAUGCUGUAAGCAGCUGCCGUCUGGUUUAGGCCAGAUACCCUUCCUUGACUAUCUUCAGAUCCUUCAUGCUCCAUCAAUUGAGUCUAUCGGACAUGCAUUCCUCCUCCCCUCCUUAGGUGGUGAUGCAACCGGCACAGAUGCAUCAGAGAUAACAGAAACAAGCACUGGCACAACGCAACCUUGUCAUCUUUCUUGUGGUGUUGGUGUUGCAUUUUCCAAGCUGAGGGAACUUAUUUUUGACAAGGUGAUGGAAUGGAGGGAAUGGGAUUGGGACGAGCAAGUCCGAGCAAUGCCUGUUCUUCAGUCGCUUAGAAUUGACAGCUGCAAGCUGAGGCGUCUUCCUCCAGGACUUGCAUGCCAGGGUGCCUAUGAUACGGAGGUGGUGCAAGAACAGGGGAACCGAAGAACACGAGGAAUGCAUGAAUGA